AUGGCUGCUAAAAAUGUGUUAAAGCGGAAACAAAAAGUGACUGAAUUCACUGCAGAUAACAUUGAUAAUACUGCUCCUGUAAAGAAAAUAUUAGACGAAUUACAUCAUAAGAAUGCUCAGGCGUACAUGUUUUAUUGUCAAAAUGUUAAACAAAGACCAAAAACUCAGGCCUUGCAAAACUUUCACUUUGUUGUUCCUGGCUAUCCAUUGAAUAGUUUUGGUGACGACUGGGUUGGAGACCUCAAUAUGGAUUAUUUUGAACCAUUUCCGUAUAAAAGUUUACCUCCAAAAAUGAUAAGUGAUCUAAAAUAUACAGAUAAAACUGAUCCAGUUACUGAUUACAUGAAAAAUAAAAUUGAAUGGCAGAGAGCCUGUCAUAAACUUAAAUUAACUGCCUCUUUUAACAACAUGAUGCAAAAGUAUGAAAGUCUUAAUGAAGAAGUAGUGCAAUGUCCUAAGCAUAUUGUGGAAAUGGCAGCUCAUUUGGACAGCGACCCAGACCGUUAUUUUAAUAGCUCAUAUAAUUGGUACUAUGCUGGUAAUGGAAAUUUACAAAUUGUGUGUAUUGAUUGGGUAGACUAUUUGCUCUAUAGUGAAUUUACAACUGUAUAUUUAUCAGAGUUCAACAGAAAUGAGAUAAUUAUUAAGUCUGAUUAUGUGGCAUGUUUUAAUUGUGACGACAAUGAAAUAAUCCUCGAAACUAUUUGUUCACAAAACAUCAUUGCUCUUAGGACCAAGUAUAGGAUAUUCAUACUAACAAUAGUAUCAGAGGAUUUCAAAAUAAUAAUUGAAAAAAUUAAAUGUUCUGAUUCUGAAUUGCCAUAUACUGGUAUUGCUUUCGAUGAUCAUCAUAAAAACAUACUAUAUGCUACAACUUUAGACAACAAAUUGAGUAUUAUUAAUUUAGACAGGCUAAAGGCAAGAAGUAUCAAAUUAAAAGGUAAAAUCGCAUCAUUGACUGAUAAUUGGAAUACUGUAGUUGGGUCUGGUCGAGGAUAUUACACACACGCUACUCGAAAUUCUAUCUCAAUUUAUGAUAAAAGAGCCAAUAAUGUUGUUUAUGUUUGGAAAGAUCUGAAAAGUAUAACAGAUGAGAUUUCAUGUAAUGAUAUUUCAGUAGUAAAACAUCUUGAAGGCACUACAUCAUUAUAUUUUGCUACUGAUCAUCAUCUGUUCUUAAUGGACUUAAGAUUUUACCAGGAUUUGAAACCCAAAGUCGUACAGAGAUGGACCCAUGGAAUGGAGUGUGUGCCUACUUACAUGUCUUAUUGUAACUUUGAAAUAAAUAAGGACAUUAUAUGUCUCAGUAGCCAAUGGUGUGAAGAUAUGUGUUUAAUACCUAAUUAUAAUGAUAGAUUAAUUAAGGAAACAGACUCAGGCGGUGUCACAAUACCAUAUCGGCCACCAAGCAUACUAAGCACUCUUAAGGAUGCUAAACAAAAUAUGUUAUGUCAUGAUCUCUAUAAUCCUAUAGAUGGUAGGUUAUGUACAGCCAUCACUGGGGUUCUUAUCAUGGAGCAAAGUGAAAGAUAUGAUAUUCUCAUGCAAAAUUCGUUAGGAGACAUAUCCUGUCAUGCAUUGUUUCCAGAACAUAUGGAAUCGUUUAUUGACGAUAAUAGUUCUCAGAAUUUACACAACUGGAGCAAAUCGUUUAAGUUACAGAAGAAAGACUUUGAAAUAUCUUCAAUAGAAAAUAUAGCAAGCAUUUGGAAGCAAUUAAAACUGUCCGAUGUUUUAGAAGUGGAAGGUCUAGUAAAAAAAAAGAAGAAACUUAAUGAAGAAGAUAUAAAAGAAAUAUUUGAAAAUGAAGAAAUAGAUAUUGGCCUUCAAGAGGUGUGGGAAAGGCCCUCAAAUGAGACCGCGAUUGAUGAGUCUUCCAUGGCUCUCAAGUUAUUUUUUUCUGAAGAUGAGGAUACUACUAUCCAUUGAAUUAUGAUAAAUAAUUCUAAAUAAGCAUAAAAACUUUAUAAAUAAA